AGAAUCAUGAAGUAAAGAAAAGGGAAAUCAUAAUUAAAUCUAACCCUUUUAUUUCCAAAAGACCAUACAAUAAACCUUCUGGAUUAAAUAAAAGUGGAAAUAAUCAAUCGACAAUAAGUUUAGAUGACGAAUUGAUAAUGUUAAAUUCGCGAUUAAUGCAAUGGUGUUUUUUGAAUGCUAAAGCUGAACAUGCAUUCGAUUUUCAAAAACAAACUGUUGAGACACAAUUGAAGGAUGCUUGGGAAUUGCUUAUGAAGAAACAAAAUGAAAUGUCAACCUUAUGUCGAAAAUUUACUUUAGAGAAAGAAAUAAUAGAGUUAGAUAUAACGUUGAAAUCACAAGCAAAUUUAUUGUUACAGAUUAAUCAACAUUUAGAACAUUUUAAAACGCGUUAUAUCGCAUUUGUAACUGCCUUGGCAAGUACUACUACUGCCAUGCCAAUUGCUUAUAUAUUAACAGGAGAAUUUAAACAUUUAACAGAAGAGAUUAAUAAAUGUUCGAAUUCUUUGGAUGAGACAUUACAAAAUUGGGAAAAAGAGUCAUCAACUAUACAUAAUAUUGCCAAUUUGAUUUACAAACUUUAUAUCAAUAUCAAGGAAGAAAUUCAAGAAUUAAAUGAAUGUAAUUCUCUUUUACAGAAAAUUUCCGAGGCCGAAAUCCUUGAGACAAGUUUAAGAAUACAAAAAAUUGAGAUCAUAAGUGAUUAA